AUGAAUUUGCAAAACUGGAACAAUACCAACCGCAGAGACAGCAAGCUUUGGAACAAAGAUGGUGUAAAUGGAGGUCCAUCUUCUAUUACCAUCCUUGUUCUCUGGCUUUCUGAGGAAGCCAACUACAGGCAUUGGAAAGGAAGCAAUGCUGGUGGGAUCACAAAGGAGACGCUGUGCUCAGAAAUCAAGGAGAGAUUUGCUGAGCAUGGCAUCUACCAUUGCAAGAAUGUAGGCAUUCAAUUAAAGAUCCAGAGUCUUCACAAAACGUACCAUGAGACUUAUCAGUUUCUGCACGCAACAGGGCAGGGUAUCGAAAACAGUUUUGAGAAAGACGAGAUGUCAGAGAAGGAGGUUGCCUCAACCAUAAGAGAGACAAUGAUAAGAAAGUAUCAGUACUUUUAUGACCUGGAGCCUGUGAUGAGUGACAGACCAUCUGUCAUUCCUCCCUUUCCCAUGUCCUUCAAUAAGGAAGCUGAUGUUGAUAGUGCCUUCUCUCUUGACACAUUUGACACGUUUGACAAUGCGGAAGUCCUUAUGAAUGGCAGACAGAAGAUUGGCAAGUCGAGCAGCUCUGCUCAAAGGAGACCAUUUUCCGCAACCUUUCACACCACAUUAAACCACUCUGAGAAGAAGGUCUGCAAGACCAUUGAUACUGGCAUUGUGGGCAUAGUCCGCAUGGCAGAAGAUAUGCAAAGGGAGAAGGUUCAGCAGAUCCAGCAGAACUUUGCUGCUGAAGAGAGAAGGGUGGCCAUAGAGGAGAUAAGAGCUCUCACUGAGAGAAUUAGGGAAGACAGUGAGAGUGCCCAGCAUCAGGAAGCCCUUAUCCAGGCAUUAUCUGCUGCUGGGUUCUUGAAGGAAGAGAUUGCCAAGCAGUUGAAGCAAAACCCAAAAUAA